UGUAUGUACUAUUUUAUUGUAUUUUAAUUUCACUAUUGCAUACUGUUUUGGGGUUUUGUACUCAUGAUCAACCAGAACCUGAUCCGCUAUGUGGAGAAAAAAGUUUAGAGAUGAAACCCGACGAUGUAUAUGGUACAUGUAACAACGAUGAGGGUGAACUCCAAGGAAUACGAGAAAUACAAAAAUGGGAGGUAACAGCCCGACCGCAAGUCAAAUUUCAGAAUGCAAAAAAGGAUCAAUUGUAUAUCCUUAUUAUGAGAGACCCGGAUGCUGGAUCAGCACGUGAUGUCCUUCACUGGCUAGUCACAGAUAUCAAGGGUGCAUCACUCGAGACAGGAAAGAUCGACGGGACGGAACAAAUGAAAUACAACGGCCCUAAUCCUCCUGGCGGUCAACACCAUCGGUACCAGUUUUUCCUAUAUGAACAGAAAAGAAGUAAUGUGGACCUGUCUUUGGUAAAAAGAAUCCAUUUUCAACUGAUACCUUUUCUUGAAAGAAACGCGUUAUGUCCUAAUGAUGUUGUAGCAUCAUUUCAAUACAAAAGUUUUUCAUAA